GAAGAAGAAGGCGACGGAAGUAAACAAAUCUUCGGCUGACGUGGAGCUACUGCAACUACUUUGAUUGACAAAACAAUAUUCGACAUUUAUUUAUUUGAACACAAGUAAGAAGCGCAUCGAUUCGUCGUCGAUCUUGAGCCCAUCGACCCGUGCCGCAGCUAAAAUGUCGUCGGCCCCGGCGGACACCAGCCGCCCGUUCGCCGGCCUGCCGUCGGUGUCGGUGCCGGAGGACAUCCCAGUUGAGGGCGACAUCUCCGUCCCCGUAGCGGACUCGGCCUCCUCCUCCUCCUCCUUCGGCGGCGGGCGCGGCGACGACGACGAGCUGUCGACGCUGGACGAGCCGGUGAAAGAGACCAUCCUCAGGGACCUGCGCGCCGUCGGCAAGAAGUUCGUGCACGUCCUGUACCCCAAGCGGAGUUCGGAGCUGCUGCGGGACUGGGACCUGUGGGGCCCGCUGCUGCUCUGCGUCACCCUGGCGCUGCUCCUGCAGGGCGGCGCCGCCCAGUCCGGGGACCAGGGGGGUCCGCAGUUCGCAGAGGUGUUUGUCAUCGUGUGGUUCGGCUCCAUCAUCAUCACGCUCAACUCCAAGCUCCUGGGCGGCACCAUCUCCUUCUUCCAGAGUCUGUGCGUGCUGGGCUACUGCAUCCUGCCGCUGACGGCGGCCAUGGUGGUGUGCCGCCUGGUCCUGCUGGGCGCCGCGGGCGCGGUCAGCUUCGCCGUGCGCCUGGCCGUCGUGGCGGCGUCCUUCGGCUGGUCCACCUUCGCCUCCACCGCCUUCCUGGCCGGCAGCCAGCCCCCCAAGCGCAAGGGUCUGGUGGUCUACCCCGUCUUCCUCUUCUACUUUGUCAUCAGUUGGAUGAUCCUGACGUUCUCGCCGGAGCAGUAGAAGAAGAAGAAGCAGCGGCGGAUUGGCCAAAGGACAAAAAGCGGAUGAGUUCUUGGAAAGGCUCCUUUUUUUUUUUUUUUUUUUUAAAUGCGCUCCUCACGAAAAGCUCCCGCUCUUGGGCUUUGGGCAAAAUCUCCAGAAGACCAGUCCGCUAAAGUCCAUCGUCCUCCCUAUUUGGGGUGGGUGACCCCAAAUCGAACUAGCGUUAAGCCAAUCGCGUGGCACACGUAGACGCGUAUUCGCGAUCCCUUUCCCACCGACAGACAAUUUAGUCUUCCGUGAAGCUGGCGUCAGUGGAGCGACUCUGACAAACGUUCAAAUCCCGCACAGGAAGGUCCCAAAAGUGCGGAAACCUUCACGACACGUCAGCAGAUCCUUCAGGGCAGGCCUUGCUUUUUAAAGCCACGGCACUCAAAAGUCACAGAUACGACAGUCAAACGGCCACGUUAUUGUGACUGAUAACACAAAAUCCGAUUCAACCACAUUCACACACAAGGGCAAAAGGUCAAAAUGCAAUUGUUUUGUUUUUUUUUUUUUUAUUCUAAAGCCCAAUACGACAAAUGUUUCGUGAGGAGUGUGCGUGUGUGUGGUUUUUGUUACGGUGGAGAUCAAUCACCCACCGGAAGUUGACAAGACUUGUUUGUCGCGCAGUGAAUGAAAAUCUGCCCUUUGUCUUUUUUUUUUUUUUUUUUUUUCCCCCCCACAUUACAGCACCUAAUAAAUUUUCCUUUCCAUACAGAAAACACUAGACGGGAUGUAAAUAUGACGAUUUUGUGGGAAAGAUGCGGAAUUUGUUUUGGUGACGGGACUCUUGUGCUAUUUUUUUUUUUCCGUUUGUGCAAACGAGCUGUAAUAUUUCUCAAUUAAAAUAAACCUAGCCAUGUGAUGUCA